AUCCAUAGCAACUCGGACCAACGAGAAACCUGGAUCGAAGGGAAGGUUGGGAAUCGGUUGGACUCUUUUUCGCAAGAGGCUGUUGACUUAAGAUCACCUUUACUCAUCUCGGGAUGAAACAGUUAUGGAUAAAGGAUCCAAUUUAAAAAAGGCUGUCCCAGGAUUAAAAUUGGAGCCAAAAAGAAGCACCAGUUUGCUCCACAUUUGCUGCUUCUAUCAAACGCUGCACAUCUACUCCAACUGAAAUGUCUGUGGUGGCAAAGAAAUGUGGGGUUAAGUUUUCUCCCCCUGCCAUUGUCUUGAUUUAUGAAGACAAAGUGAAAAAUCAGACCCGAAAGAGGGUGAUGCCCGUAAGGAAUUUCUUCAGGUUUUCAGACUGCGGCGAGGCAGCCGAGCACCUGAAAAAAAACCCACGUCACCGUACAUACCUACAAGGAGUGCCACUGGAGCAACUGGAAAAACUUUAUCACAUUCUACGAGAUCACCUCCUGGGAAAAUGUUUGGAGCAGAGUUUGGCAGCAGUUACCUUGGAUCCAGAAGAAGAUCUGAACAAACUUGAUGAGCAUGAGCUGACAAAGAAAAAACAGCUGAUGGAUCAGCUGUUUCAGAAGAACCAAAAGAAGAAAGGUGAUCCAGACUUUGUGUACGAUCUGCAGGUAGAAUUCCCAGAGCAGGAUCGCAUAGAGUCUUGUAGCUGGGAUGAUGACGAUCAAUCAGAAAAGUUUUAGUCUUUGCAAACCACACCAGAGUUGUGUGGGUGUUUAGUAUUAUCUCUGAAAUUCACCGUACUUCACACUUUGACAAUGUGUUACUGAAAAACAUUGAUAGGGGCUUCAUUUACUGUAUAAAGCUUGUGCAUGCACAAAAAAGAGGCUUGAAAAGUGUGUACGCAACUUCACCAAGCUAACAGCACAAUUUGUCAAGAGAAAAAUCAUGAUUCAAAAGCCUGUGUACAUUUACUACAACUCUGGCUUGUGCGUACACAACAUUUAUGAGAAACUUGGAAAUGACAACUCACACCAAUGAUAAUUCAUUAUCACCAAGCUGAUAUUAUAUUGUGCGUUGAUGUAAACAAAUAUGUUAGGCCGUGAAAUUGAUGAAUAUGAUUUGUAGACUGCAUUUUUGGUUCCCUUUUAAGAGGGCCAAUGCUGCAUAUUUGCACUGAAGAACAUUUUUGUUUUUUUCGUCAGUUUAUAUUGGCUACCUGUUGUCACUUCUUAGAGACCUGGCUGACAAGUCACAGUUUUCGUAUCGUGUGGGAGCACAUACAUAAAACAUAACAUGUUUUUGUCAACAUAAAAAGGCAUAUUGCAUUCUCCUCCGGGAACUGUCAGGAAUGAAACUGCUUUUGUUAAAUGUGAGCAGUGACAAUACAUUAAUGCACAAGUCAACUGUGAUGCCAAGAUAUUACUGGCAAACAUCAUGUCCCCGUUGGCCUGGAUCAAUCCGUGAUUCAUUUAUUUUAAACCAAAUAGCUUUGGCAGAUGUGAUGGCUGGAUUGUUGGUAUGGUAACUGGCUGAACCCUUGUUUUUUCAUGUGGCCUUUACUAUUCAUUGUAACUGCAAUCAUGUCAUUACAUGGGCCAAGUAAUAAUGGCUACCCACUGAGACAUUAAUGCCUUACGCCUUUCCCAUAUCCCCAGAAUGCAGAGGGAGAGGCAGUGUAUAAUCCCAGUGGAGGAACACAGCCUCACACCCUUGAAUUUGGGGUUGGGGGUCUCAAUGCAUCAGAUGGGAGACUGCUCUACCAGCCAGUAGAGUUCUGCAGCAUUGUGACUGCAUAUAAAUGAGGUUGAUUGCCAUGAUCCAUAUGUGGAUGUUUCAGGCCAAUGUAUUAUUCAUGUUCAUGUACGCGUAUUGCAAGAUGAUAGCGAUUAAUAAUGAGAAAAUUGCUUAGAAAUGUGCACACACCAGGUUUUAUCCAAUCUAUUUUUUUUGCCAUAUACAUAUUUUUCACACAAACUUUUAUAAAUGAGGUACCAAAUACAGCAAGUGGGGUACUUUUCUUAUUGCUGGAACCACUAGGUGUCAAGUCAAAACCACCAGAAAUUAUUCAGUGAAUCGUGUUUGCUGUUUGAGGAUAACAAAAGUUUAAAAGCUUGGGUAUUUGGCUAAAAUAAUCCUUUGCAAAGACCAUAUGAAAUAGGAAAAUUCUUAUUUCAUUCUACAUAUGAUAGAGGAUAUAGAUACUGUAUAAAUAGUACUGUCUUCUGGUGGAAUAUCAUUUAGUUCUUAAACUGCCACAAUGGUUUACAUUAAAACAGAUGUCAGGCUUCAAUCCCAGUUAUCACCAUGUUGACUUAACCUUUCCUAAACAUUCCUUAAUAUGUGUCCCCUGAACCAUAAUAAGCCCUCAAUUAUGAUAGACUGAAUGAUUUCCUUAUACUAAUAAUGUAUUGAACUCUUGUAUAUACAUUGCAGUACAACCACUGCUUUCCAGUGAUCAUGGACUGAGCAAACUUGAUGACGCUGAGGCACAAGUUUAGAAUAAACACUCAUUCAUUUUUAUUGACCUGUUUUCCAAAUUUAUUAUCACAGGAUAUGCCACUGCUGCUCUCUAAAUGGAGUGGCACAAUACCAUCCAGGAGUGCAGCUGCAUUGACUCACUGGUCAUAAAGUCCCACACUCACGUUUUGUCUUAAGUCUGUUUAACAGCGAGAUUUAUGAAACCAGCAUUCUAUAUGUCAAAUGUUUAAACAAUUGAAUAGGAGUAUUUUGAAAUGAUUGUUGUGUAAUAAGUGUACACUGGGUUUGAAUUAUGCAGGGGUGUAUAAAUAUGACUAGGAUCUCAAAAUGUACUAUUUCUUUGUUGAAUAAAGCUGAUCUUUUUUUAGUCACAGUUAGGUCUUAAUAUAGCAUCACAGCCUAAAUGUCUUCUAUAUGAACAACCUAUGCACUUUGAACUGUAAUUCAACUGGGGCUCACCUGCAGUGGGCUGUGGAUUUGUCAGUCCAUCCCACUAAAACUCCCUACAAGAAAAGAGCAUCACUUAUUAGGAGUUUGGGUCAUCCAGAUGUUGGAGAGACAGGUUUUUGUUUCAACCAUUUUUUUAUAUAAUGUCUGUCAUUUUGUUAACUAAACUUGCUUACUGAAAUAACUUGUUCUAGCUGUGGGUUUGCUGUCCCACAAUUAAUAACAAGGCUAACUUAAUUUUAAAAUUCAAAGAUACUGCCAUGACUUUUAGGGAACAGAGGUCUCCUUGUUACUAAAGUUUUUUCUGCUUCAGUUCACUGGUCUGUCAGGUGGCAGUUAACAAAGAGUUACAAACACAGUAAAGAGAGAAUCAAAGUAAAGUGUUGCAAUAUUUUCAAUUUGUGUGCUCAUCAUUAAGUAGCAGAUUUUGGCAGGGUUUGGGGUUGGGUGAUCUUAAACAGUUGUACUUGGCUGAUUAAGAGAAGCACAUGUAAAUCCAAUUGUUAAAAUACCAAACAUAAACUUGCUAUAAUGUUCACAUACUUUUUCUACGCCACACCAGUACAGCACUUUGUCUUGCGUGUACCACCACUCGGCUGUAGCUGACUUUUUUGUCUCCAGAAGUUAGUCCUUUACAUUGAGGAAUCUGUUACAAGGGGCCAAGUUGGGACAACACAGUGAAUGUGCGAUCUCUAUAUAUACCCGGGAUCACACAGCAGGCUUGCAGCUCAUGCAUGCAGUGCAAGAAGAAGUGUUGUCAUGAAACAGAAGGGGAUGGUCAACAGAUUUUUGAAGUGCUUUUUCCCAAAUAACCACCACAAACAGCAAAGCGUGUCAGCUUAAUGGACUGGGCCUUUAAGGCAUAUUAUCAGUAUAAACUAUAUCCUCAUCAGCACAAAACAAUGGAGGACAUUAUCCUGCCAAUUUUUUUGGUGGUGAAGAAUCGGCACACUUCCAUUGUUUUGAUUAUUGCUUGGACUCUGGCCUCCUAACAUCCAGUUAUAAAACUCCUCCUCAGUUUCUUCUAGUCUAAUUUCUUUUGCUCAGAAUUCUCCUCAGAAUGCCAGAUGUGGCAAUACAAUUUUAGGAGUCAACAUUCUUGGCACCCAACCAUGCAAAGACCAGGCUCAUAUUUAACGGUUCAUAAAGAAUGGAUUCAUCUGAUCCAUAACUACAGUAUCAUUUUCUGAUUUAUUAUGACUCACUCCAUGGUAGCAACAACAACUUCCACUGAGGGUGUCAAUGGCCACCCAGACCUUGGGACAUCCUUGUCUGAUGUCCAGUCACGACAGAUUUCUGCAGUGCAUCUCUGGACUGUGGCAUAUGAAGGAAACUGGUGCGGAUAAAACACUGAUUAGGCAAGAAUGAAUCUUCACAUUGUUCUCUGUUAGACUUUCAGUAAUACAGAGACAAUGAAUUUUAUACAAAUGCUAAAAACUUUUAAUUCAUACAAAAUCAGCAAUGUAUAAUACCCUUUCCAGAUUAAGGACUGGAGAGUCUAAUCCUUCCAUUCCAAUUCAUUUAUCCCCCACCCCAGAACAUUAAAACAUGGGCUGUAAGGAAUUCCUACCACAGUUUGGCAGCAGGUUAAUGUACAGUGCAUCCGGAAAGUAUU